ACGCCUAAGAAGUUAAGACCAAGACGAUAUCACAUUUACCUAUGGGACUUUGUUCAGGAUUAGGUACCGUACGAGUAUUUGCUUGUCGAGGUUUCAGGGCAAGUCGGUGCCUUCGUAGAGAGAGAAAUACCGGAAACGAUGAGUGAGAAUGGAAGGAAGCGGCCCAAUGUUCUGGUUACUGGCACUCCAGGUACCGGAAAGACGACCACCUGCUCCCUUCUCUGUGAUGCCACGGGUUUCAGGCACAUAAACGUGGGAGAAUUGGUCAAGCAAAAGAACUUGCAUGAUGGAUGGGAUGCAGAGUUUGAGUGCCAUAUCAUCAAUGAAGAUCUGGUUUGUGAUGAGCUUGAAGACAUGAUGGAGGAGGGGGGAAAUGUUGUUGAUCACCAUGGCUGUGAUUUCUUCCCUGAGCGUUGGUUUGAUCGUGUGGUAGUCCUGCAAACUGACAAUUCCAUAUUGUAUGACCGUUUGACCAGCAGAGGUUACAUGGAUCAGAAGCUUAAGAACAACAUUGAAUGUGAAAUAUUUCAAACACUGCUCGAGGAGGCGCAUGAGAGUUAUGCCGAGGACAUCAUUGUGGCAUUAAAGAGUGAUUCUGUGGAAGAUCUCAGCAGGAACGUGUCUACCCUUGAUGAAUGGAUAAAGAAUUGGGUGCCGAGAUCUAGAGCAAGAUCAUCCAUUGGACUUGGAGGGGUAUGAGUGACGGUAGUCACUCAAAAUUCUGUAGAUCUGAUUUCUUAUCCGGCGUAGCAAUGGCAUUAUGGUUUGGUACGUUGGUGUUUGAGAAGAAAUUAAACCAUGUUUCAAUGUCGAAUAUUUGCAUUUGAUGGGAGUUUUUUAGCGGUUAAAUUUCCGUUAGUUUCAAAGUUUAUGAAUUUUUCUGGAUGGUAAUUGGGAAUUUUAUGGUUCAUAUUGAAAAAUUCCGAUCCAUAAGCGAUCUGGAUACCACAACA